ACGGGUGGUGAGGCGACGACGGGGAAGGUAAGAAGGUGGGUGGCUGACUCGUCGCUAAGAGCCAGCAAUCCGCGCCCAGCUUCGUCGCGGCCCUGCCUUCGCGAGCCUGGCUUCCCGGUGCUGGCAGAGCAGGACGGAGGAGCCGCCCAGCGCGGCUGCUGCCCUAGAGGGGAAAAGGCGGAGGCGGGAAGGAGAGCAGCAUGGCGUGCUACAGCGGGGAAUACGUGGUUUCUGAAGAUGGGUUACCUGAACCAAGAAAGUGGAGACCGUUGAUGUAUAGGAAAUGCACAGACCCCAUUUGGUUGAUGAUAUUCUUUCUCUUUUGGUCAGGUUUGAUGUUUAUAACUGGCUAUGCUGUAACAGCUGGAGCUGCAGAAAGACUUGUGUUUGGAUAUGACAGCUACGGAAACAUAUGUGGUCGGAAGAACACUCCUGUGGUUGGUGCACCAUUGUCGGGACAAGAUAUGACGGAUAAAAAAUUUGUUUUCUUUUUGAAUUCAUGUGAUUUGCAAAUAAAAAAUCUCAAAAUUAAUUCAACUGCAUUGUGUGUAUCGAGUUGUCCACAAGAGCAGCUUUCUUCCUUGGAAGAAAUUCAAUUUUUUGCAAAGAAUAAUGGUUCUUGCCUCUGUGUUUACAAUUUGAAUGUUACCAGUUGUACAUAUAGUCUCAAAACUGCUGAGCUUUGUCCUGCCUUACCAGUUCCACCAAGUGUGUCUUUCCCAUUGUUUAAUCGAUGUGUUCCACGAAAUGCUAAGUGCUAUUCCCAGUUUGCUUCUGUACUGAUAAACGUGGUUAAUGAAGUGGAUAUUUUUCAUCGGAUUCUGGGUGGGAUUAUGGCAGGAAGAGAUACAGUCAUAGGAUUGUGCUUCCUUGCACUAGCAUUCUCUAUAAUAAUCAUGUUAGCCUUCAGAUUCAUCAGCGUGCUUGUGAUCCAUAUUUUUCUUACACUACUUAUAUUUGGAUUAUUAUUUGUUUCAGGAAUCAUGUGGUGGCUGUAUUAUAAUUACACCAAUGAGCCGAGCAUAGAAUUGGAAACAGAAAAGGAAAACAUGAAAUUAUUGUUUGGAUUUGCUAUUUUAUCUUCAAUCAUUACGGUUAUUCUCAUUCUCCUGACACUGAUAUUAAGGAAGAGAGUUCACGAAACUAUACAGCUCUUUCAUGUUGCCAAUAAAAUUAUUGGCAACGUCCCUUCUUUGUUCUGCCAGCCUAUUUGGACUUUCACAAUACUUCUUUUCUUCUGGGUGUACUGGGUGGCUGUGUUACUUAGCUUAGGAACUGCAGGCAAUGCCCAAGUUGUUUCAAGAGGUCAAGUGGAAUACAAUAUUCGGUUUGGCAUUCGAUACAUGUGGUGGUACCACUUAGUUGGGCUUAUCUGGACAAGUGAAUUCAUUCUAGCAUGUCAGCAGAUGACUGUGGCUGGGGCAGUGGUUUCUUACUUCUUCAACCGAAAUAAAAGUAAACCACCAAGUCAUCCAGUCCUGUCUUCCAUAUCAAUUCUUUUUUGUUAUCAUCUGGGAACAGUUGUGAAAGGGUCCUUUUUAAUCACAAUAAUGAGAAUCCCAAGGAUUAUUCUAUUGUCAAUUUAUAGCAUCCUGGAAAAAAAGAAGAAUACAUGUGCAAGAUGCAUAUUCAAAUGCUGCUGUUACUGUUUCUGGUGCCUAGAAAGAAGCCUAAGAUGCUUAAACCAGAAUGCAUACAUAGCAACAGUCAUAAAUGGGACAUACUUUUGGACCUCAACAGAAGAUGCUGCUGUUAUGUUAUCAAAGAGUUCAGCUAAUGCCACAGCAAUCAGCUGCUUCAGUGACUUCGUUAUAUUUCUAGGAAAGGUGUUUGUGAUAUGUUUCACAGUUUUUGGAGGUUUGAUGGCAUUUAACUACAACCGUGAAUUACACGUUUGGGUAGUUCCACUGCUUCUGAUUGCUUUUUUGGCUUAUCUCAUCGCCCACAACUUCUUAUCAGUAUUCCAGACAAUAGUGGAUGCCCUAUUGCUUUGCUUUGCUGUUGAUAGAGAAACAAAUGAUGGAUCUGCAGAGAAGCCUUACUUCAUGGACCAAGAAUUUAUGAACUUUUUGGAUCAGAGCAGCAAGUUUGCAGAGAACACACACAGAAAUAAAAAUACCCUUCUUAACAAGGAAUAUGGCACAGAACUUCAGCCUAUGGUAAGAAACAAGUAAAUGCCUGUGCCCCCUCUUUUACAUGGGCGUCUUUAAGGCCAGAACUUGAGAUGGCUCUAAAAGUACACAGCAAAAACAGCAAAAGCCAGAUAAAAUAAAAGUGAAGGUUACCAAUAUUUUGAGAUAAAUUAUCUCCUAAAUCAGUUUGUACCUCUUGCACUGGAAGAGAUGAUUAACUCACUCUGUGAAAAAUCAUUAUGUAUGGUUUUAUUGAAAUAGUAUUAAGAUGUUUUAUACUAAUUAUCAAAUCUGCUGUAAGUUUUGUUGCACUUCGACAUGAUAGAACUGUCUUUUUGGUAUAAAGCCCCUUAAGAAAGCACAAUGAAAUUGACUCAGCAAAUUUUAUAUACAAGUAACUUACAAUUUAUGUGCAUUUAACUUGUGUGCAUUCAGCUAUGCACUUGGCAAAAAAAUUGUAGAAAAAAAUAAAAUGGGGUGGGUGUCUGAGGAAAAGACUUUGGCAAUCCCACCUGCCAUUGAACACAAUGUGUUUUUAUUACAUGUGAUUUUGGCUUUGCACCCUAUCCUGGAAUGUAGGCACAACUAAGUUGAGAGUCACCUGUAUACAAUGCAGCCUGGAUAACAUCUAAACUGUGAAUAAUCAUGUAAUAGAUUAAGCAACAGUGCUAGUUAGAGGGUCCCCUAUGAUAAGGAGUACGUUGUGGAAUCAUGUUAUCUAGGAAUUUUUGGUAAUGUUGUUCAUAUGAUUAGGUUCCUUCCAUUGCAGUCCUUUAUGGAAAACAUUGUGCAUGUCCUAAAUUAACAAAGCCAUAGAUGUCCUGAAGAACAAUUGUAUCCUGCAAAGGAGAAUCAGUGAUCACUCAAGAAGGCAAGUCUUUAACAACAAAGACCAAGAGUUUGGGAAUAUGUGCUGUAUGCAUUCCUUUUAUUUUGGCAUCCUUCAUGGGACGAAGCCUCAUUAAAUUAGACGCAUCUAUAGGCGCUCUCUGUGGUAAGUAACUGUACUAUUUCUAUACUGUACUACCUCCAAACAGUUCCUUUUUACAUAGAAGAGUAUUUUAUGAUAAAAUUAUGUUCCAUUACAUCAAAUGAUGAUCCCCAACUACUAAUAGUCUAUUUCCUAAAAGAGUAGUCGUUUUUUUGUGUGCAGAGGGCAAGAUGCGGCCUGACCCUCUACUGCAGGCAUGUCAAACCUGCGGCCCUCCAGAUGUUUUGGCCUACAACUCCCAUGAUCCCUAGCUAGCAGGACCAGUGGUUGGGGAAGAUGGGAAUUGUAGUCCAAAACAUUUGGAGGGCCGCAGGUUUGACAUGCCUGCUCUACUGGUUUGCAUUUUAAUUUAUGUGGCACACAACUCAGACAAGCCCUUAUCUCCCAAAGUACAUCUGCAUAACAGGCCUUUUCCCCCUUUCUGAGCAAAACCACCUCUUUAAAGUCUCAACAGCAUACUGCUGGCUGCAAGUAAAUUUUGCCUUUAAUCUCUCUGGAUUCUAAACGUUUACUUGUAAAAAAGAGUUCACUGCCAAAGUAGAAUCAACAUGAGUGCAUUAUCUCCAGCGAAUUGUUUUGUUGAAAAGGAAAGGAUAUGUUUUGGAGAAUAUGUUUUGGAUAAGUUAAACAAAGGGACAGUUGUAAAUGUUUUCUGUAAUUUGAAUUUUGUAUUUAAUAACAAGUUAUCACAUGCCUCCAAGAAAACAACAUUUAUUUAUAAAAAAUACAAGAUCGGUUUAUGAUGAGAAAUGUGGCAAUAAAUACAAUUCAAAGAAAAGGCAAUUCUACAUGGAUACAUUAUGGCACAGGAAAUAAAAGUCAAUGCACCAUCAAAACAUGGAGACUUCUGUGGGCUCAGAAUUUAUACAAGCUCCCUUUUUAAGCAAAACAGCUCUUUUUUAUAAGCUUGGUCAAUUUAGAUAUUGGAAUGGAACACACACAAUCACAAAUGCACAUUUAUUAUGUCUACUGUGAGUUUAGAGGUUAGCAAGCAAGUACUUUUGAACAGACAGAAAUCUUGUAGGUAAUAAGCCACAACCCACAAUUUUUGUGGCAUGGUCCACAAUUAAGUCUUACAGUUUUCCACAUAAUGGAACUGUAAAUAAAAACUUUU